AUGAUGCAUAAAGUGAAAGACGCUGUUUCGAAAUUUUUUCAACCAUCGUUCUUAUUCACAGCUAGUAAUGAAACAGAUAGUCCUAAACGAAAACGAUCAAUUUCUAUAGAAGAAACUAAUGAUAAACAACAAAUUGAGACAACUAGAAAUAUUACAACAAAUAGUCAAAUUACAUCAUCAAAAUCAAAAUAUCUUCAUCAACCAAUCAGAGAUGAUGAAUCACAAUUGACAGAUGAUGAAGAUAAUAAUAAUCAAGAUGUAUCAUCAACUGGACAAGAUUUAAAAGAAAUUGAACAACAAAAAAAAAGACGUCGUACAACUACUUAUCAACUGAUUGAUACGACAAAUGGUCAUCAUGAAAAUGAAAAAACAUCUUUAUAUCCAAAUUCGACAGAUACCAAAAGCUCAUUAUCAAAUCAUCGAUUUCAUCAUACAACCGCUGGUGAACAAAAUUCGAAUGAAAGAAUAAAUCGAAUAAUAUCAUCUACACAACGUUUUAAUAUCACAUCAACAUCAAAUUAUGAUCCAUCAAAAUCACCUCUUUUUUCUAUCGAUAAUAGAAAAUCAACUGAAACAACAACAACAACAAAUCUUAAAUCAAAUGAAUUUUCAGCAAAUUAUUUACUAGCAAGUGGUUUAACUGAUCGAUCUCAAUUAUCUACGUCAAAUAGUCAACAAUCAUCAGCAACAUUAACACAUCCUGUAAAUAAUAAAAAUCAAUUAUUAUCAAAUGAACGACGAAUGUUUGGUGUUAAUUAUGCAUCAAUUAAUUCACAUCGUUUAUCUUAUAUUGAAAGACUUCGUCGACGAACUUUACAAGAUUGUAUACGACUUAAUCGUACACUUGAUAAUGAACCAUUAUCGAUAUCAACAAUUGAUGAACAAAAAUCAAAAACUAAUUCUUUAGAAUUAAAUCGAACAAAAGUACAAGAAAAAGAAUGUGGUAUUCAAUGUAAUAUUUCAAUUGUUGAAAAUACAAAAGAAUCAAAUAAAAAACUUCAACGUGCAUUUCCACCAAUUGAUAUUCAAUAUGAAGCAUUAUCAGUACCAACUACUGAAAAAAUUCAAUCAUCUACUCAAACAGAUUCAUCAGUUCAAACAAAUAGUUCAAUAACAGUUGAAAAAAUACAAACACCAGUGCCAAUGAUUCAUAUUACCAAACCUAAAGUACUUGGUGAUGUUACACCAUUUUCAUGGCCAGAAUUUGCUCAUGCUCAAGAACAGUAUGCUAAAAAAUAUCCAGAAAAAUGUAUUGAUACAAUACUUUCUAAAUCAGUCACUUCUACUAUCGAAAAAUCAAUUAAUAAUACAAAUUCAACAGUAUGUCAACAAACAAAUACAAGUACUAAUAAAAUGUUUAAAAUGUCAACACCCCCUUUAUCAUCAUUACAUCCUGUUCAAUCAAUUUGGAAAUGUCCUUCAUGUACGAAAGAACAUCCAGCACAAACAGCAUCAUGUUCACUUUGUCAUGGUAUUAAUCGGAAUUAUAAAAAACCAAGUGCGAUUCAAUCAACAAUAACAGUUGCAAAAGAACCAACUAUAUCUACUCCUGCUGCUGCUAUUAUUAAUCAAACAGUAAAUAGAGAAAAUCCAGUUAUCAUUUCUGCUCCAAUAACUACUACUCCGCAAUUUGGUAUAAUAACAACUAAAGAAAAUCCAGUGGUCACUGCUGCUUCAUCUACCACUGCUUCACAAUUUGGUAUAACAACAAUUAAAGAAAAUCCAUUGGUUACUGCCACUUCAACUACCACUACUCCGCAAUUCAGUGCAGUAACAACUAAAGAAAAUUCAAUUAUCAUUUCUGCUCCAAUAACUACUACUUCGCAAUUUGGUAUCAUAACAACUAAAGAAAACCCAGCGGUCACUACUGCUUCAACUGUCUUUACUCCACAAUUCGGUGUAGUAACAACUAAAGAAAGUCCAAUGGUCACUACUGCUCCAAUAACUACUACUUCGCAAUUUGGUAUAAUGACAACUAAAGAAAACCCAGUGGUCACUACUGCUUCAACUGCCUUUACUCCACAAUUCGGUGUAGUAACAACUAAAGAAAGUUCAAUAGUCACUACUGCUCCAAUAACUGCGACUCUACAAUUUGGUACAACCACAACUAAGGAAAAUCCAUUGGUCACUGCUUCUUCAUCUACCACUGCUUCACAAUUUGGCAUAACAGCAACUAAAGAAAAUCCAGUGAUUACUCCUGCUCCAAUAUCUACUACUCUACAAUUUGGUACAACUACAAGCCAUGAAAAUCCUAUACCAAGCAAUGCUUUUCGUUCUCAAUUUGGCAUAAUGUCAGGUGUAUCACCAGUAGUAGUUACUACGGAAAAUCCAGCGCCUAAUAGCACACUACCCAUAUUUGGUACAACAACAGCACCAACUAAAGACAGUUUUUCAACUACUAAUACUGCACCUUCAUUCGGUACAAUAUCAUUCGAUAAACCAUUAACUACUAGUACAAGUAAUCUUUUUCAAUUUGGUACAACAUCGCAGCCUUUUUCUUCAGUAUCAUCAACAAGUUUUACUACAGCAACUACAAGUUCUACUGUUCCUUCAGUUGCUGCAAUGAUAUCAAACAUACCAAUGUCAUCAUCAUCAUCAUCAUCGAAACGACCACUUUUUGGACCAUUUGAUAGUACUUCAACGAUAGCAACAACAACAACAGCUGCUCCUGUUUCAUCCCAUCAAUCAGCUCCAGUUACCAUGGAACCCACUAUGUCAAAUUCAUUUGCAGCAACAAAUUCAACUUUAUUUGGUUCUUCAACAAUACCACCAGUUCCUACUACGACAAAUUCGUUUUCGGCACCGUCAACAACAAGUAGUUUUUCUAUGCCGAACAAUUUUAUAUCUACAAGUACAGCAUCAACUCCAUUUCAAUUCGCUAGAGGUGGUUUUAAUUUUGUACCUCCUUCUACAACAGCAACAACACAAAAUAACCCUCAAUUUGGAUUUGCUUCUGCUGCUGAUGCUGCUAGUUCUUCAAAAUUCUUUGCACCGGCAAGUACUAUUUCAUCAGUUAAUUCAAACACUGUACCAAUGUUUGGGCCAACUUCUGUAUUUGGAAUAACUCCAACAUCAGUUGAUAAAUCUGCAAAUUCAACAAAUAAUUCAUCAUUUGCAUUUGGUUUUGGAUCUGCACCAAAUACAACAACAUCAGCCGUUCCUACUGGUGGUUUUUCAUUUGUACCUCAAUCAUCAUCAACAAUACCAACAUUUGGUGCUGUUCCAUCUGCAUUACCAUCCAGUACACCGUCGAAUUCAUUUAACUUUGGUGCAACAUCGACUGGUUCUACAAAUCCUCCUCUGUUUCAAGCUGCUGGAGCAACAUCUACACCAUCUUUAUCUGGUUCUAUAGUUGACCCUCCAAAUCCUUUCAAUAUUGGAAGUAAUGAUUCAUCGAAGAGUCCACGUCCAGUUCUCAGAGCAAAGCGUCGACAGAAAAACUAA